ACAAAACUACUAAUAUUAUGUUAAUACUGCACUAAUAUUCUUUUUUUCAGGUAGGUAUUAAUCCGGAAUAAAUAUAUCACUAGUGAUGGCAUAGAUAUGUGCGAUUUUCUUACGAGGAGAUUAAUGAGGUUAGCAUUUUUCAAUCGAAUAAAUAUAAAUGCACAGAGACAAUAAUUGCAUACCCCACCCUCCCCACUCUCAUUGCAGUAUUUCGCCUUUAGUUAUUACUUGCAUAGGUACCUUUAUUAUUCAGGGUAAAGAAUGGUCCAAACUCUGAAAAUUUUGAAUUUUGAAUUUUUCUUAUGGUAGUAACUUAAAUCGCACUGUAUAGACGGGCAUGAAAUGCCGUAACCUUCACCCAAAAAUGUAUUUUAUUUAGAUCAAAAUAUUUGUUAAAUUUGAUUACUUAUAUUUUUCUAUUUGAAAAUGAGGUUACUUACUAUUUUUUUAAUAUCUAUUUCAAUAAUAUGGAAGGUUUUUCUGAAAACAGUAAAAUAUGAAAACGUCUGUGUAGGUACUUACCUUAUAUAUUGCAUGGUUCACAGUUCACAGACAAUUCAGACAUCUUUGUUUUUGAAGAAAGUUAACCUGAAUAUUUAGUAUUUAGCAGUUUUAGAACAACUGUCUCGUUUUAUUGGAAUAUCGAGUUCCGCAAACUAUAAAUCAUACAAUAUUAUUAUAAAUAAUUUUAGGAUACAAAAUUUUAGCAGUAAAUUUCGAUUAUUAUGAUUUCUGUCGUAGUUAGAGUAAAUUAACUCGCGAUUGCAAAUAUUACGAACACCUAUGUUAUAAACACUCCAUUGUAUUAAAAAAAUAAAAUAAUAAUCCUUUAGUUGAUGUCCAUAUCUUUUAAAACCUAACCCAAUUACUUUUUAUAUAGAAUAUCAUAUCCAACGCAAAAUCAGUCUAUUCAGUUACAGAAGGGGGACGUGGAAAAAUCGCUACUUGGUUGGUAUAGCUUUAUAUUUGACGUCACGUCUAGUUGUCGAUCGGUAUGAUCAAACUAUAGGUACUUAGCCGAUAAGGUUACAACCCAAAUAGCGCUAGAAUCCAGUGGUGGGUUUGAUUCAUCUUUUAAAGGAGGGGGGCAAUAUCCUUUUGGUCCAAAAAUUAAACUUUUAACUAACAUAACCAGACGUCAGUCAAUGUGACCACUGACCGCUUAAUGUGAUAGCACUACUAUCUACAGAGACUGUGAUUAUAAUUUAUUAACACUGUACUUCUAUUCAGAUUUCUGAAAGAAAUUAUUAUUUAUAGGUAGUUUGAUGUCUAGGGAGACCAUAGCCCCCAUGUCGCGCCUGAUAGGAUCUCCAUAGGAUAUAGUGUUGAUCGUACAAUAGGAUAAAGAUCAACUUUCAGUUAACUUUUGUGUACACUCAAUAUGAACAUCAAAAUGUCCACAUUUUUAUCUAUUUAAGAAUUUAGAAUGCUCUCCAGUCUCCAAUGAUAUCGUUGGAAUAUCAGACUUGGAUAUCUCGAGGACAUUUAGCAAAAUGUUCUUAGUGCAGCCAGAUGUCCACUGAACGUUUUUGAUUAUUGUACCUUUUGGAUAUUCUAAGAAAAUAUAAUAAUAAAACAUAAAACACGUUUAAAAAAACACUACCUUUGGAAAAAAGUAUCGACGGACGAUAUGUAAUUAUUUUGUACAAUAGGCAUCACGUGAAAAUAGUACUCGUAAUCGAUAAUUCUUAUAUCUACAGAAUGUCUAUUAUAACGCAACAGUAUUAUAGGUAGGUACCUAGUUUUUUAAUUUUCACUCAUCAUUUCGAUUUUCAGCAAUUAUAUUUUUGAACGAUUCCUUUGUUGCACACUUCCAAGUUGUAGUAUACUUACUCGUAUCGGAUAGGUAGGUAUUUGCUAUUACGCUUUUAAUAUAAUAUAUCUAAUUCAUUUAAUUUAUUUCACCUAUAUAAAAUACAUACACCGUGAAACAAUAUAAUAGGUGUAUAUAUAUGUAAAAUUGACGUUCGGAAACUUCAUGGUGUGUGGAAGUGAUGGCGAACGAUUUUUUUUUUUUUUUUUAAGUACGAAGGGUAGGGCAAAACUGCAGAGGGUAAGUGUGUAUGUAUAUAUAGGACUUGGCAUAUAAUAAUAGUGUAAAUUCGUAAAAGUAUGUACAUAGGUAUGUCGUAUGUGUGUGUACUGAUUGUGUUUGACAUAUUAUUGUGUAUAACAACGGGCCAAAUGUGUCUAUAUAUAUAUAUAUAUAUAUAUUACGAUAAUGUAUACGAUUUUAUUGAUUUCAGCCAAUCGAAUAACGUUUGCGAAACCCUCCCAGCUGUUGUCGCCGUAACCUUUAAAAACCGCGAAAAACCCGUUUUGACGUCCAGACGCCGUUCUCGUCUUUGCUGAUGGCUUUUUUCCCCAAGUUGAGCUCCAAACGAAACUCGCGACUUUCGGCAUCCGUUUUGUUGAGUUCGAUACACUAUUACUAUUGUUGGCUACCCACUAUACUGGCACUACUAUAAUUAUAUUGGUUAUUUUAGGAGAAAUAUGCGAGGCGUGCGGGUUAGACGACGGAUAUCGGGAGAAAUAGUCAGUGUGAGCAUAAGAAUGUAGAUAUAACUAACCUUUGAAUUUGCGUGGAAUGUAAAGGCAAAAUAACUUUUUGUCGAUUUUGCGAUAUUGCAGCCCGAAAGUCGAAAGUAAUAAUAAUAAUAGUAACUACCAGUAGCAUACCCAGGAAUUUUCAAUAGUAGAGGACUAUAAUAAAUAAUAAUCACAACUCAUAAAUAAAUCGAAAAAUCUAUUCUUCUGUUAUAGGUAUUAAACUUGAAAAUGAGAGUAUUUAAAAAAACCGGAUCCAAGAGAGCAAAUUUAUGUUCAAUAAAUCGCACGUUUUUCCUUGUAAUUUGGGUUAAAUACCUACCUAUAUAAUUUCAAGAUAAAAUUAUACCUACUAAAUAAAUGCUCAUAAUAUAGUUGUUAUAUUUUUAAGCCAGUGGAUGGGGAGGUAUAUAACCCCUUAACCUCUGCUCGCAUGGACCAGUGUCGGCCUGGCAUAUCACGGGCCCCUAAAGCAAUUUGUUUUAAGCGGCCCUAUAGAUGAAAAUCAAUGCAAUAUUCGGUUAAAAGUCGAAUUUAUUGGUCGAUCAUAUUUCUAAAAAAUAACAAUGGAUUUCGCAGAGACAUAUAUAUAUAUAUAAUAUGUUGUAUUGACAAAAGUGAUUUUCAGCGACAUUACAGUUUUCAGCAAUUGGUGUGUAAAUUUACUCGCUCACGCGGUUAUUAUAAUAAAUUAAUAAUGUGAUAUUUGAGUGCAGUCUGCUGUAGUCUACUAAAAUCUAAACAAUACUAUAUCAGUUUAUUUAAUCUCUGCAUAAAAAACAGUCAGUAGUUAAAUGAAAAUAUUUUAUAAAUUUUGGACUUCGAUGGGGGGUCCCUUACAGGCUGCAGACACAAAUACUUCUGGGGGCCCGGGCCGCGUUCGCGGUCUAGUGGUCAUGGCCAGACCGACUCGGCCCCAUGCACACGCCACUGAUGUCUACCAAUAUUAGGCGUGUUUCUUCACUGCAUAAUAUUUUCAAACAGUUAAGUCUUACGGUUAUAUAUUCCAGUUAGUAGACAGUUACUAAAUCAUCGAAACAUACAUUUGUAAAUUUGGUUACUGAAAUAAUUGAUAACACUAUCACAAUCGAGAAAUAAAAAAUAUAAUUGAAAAACUAGGUACCUAUCAUAUUUUUUUUGUCAUCGCGUUUUUGAUAUUAAUAUUAUAACAAUUAGUUAUUACGGGCAUAAUAUAACCCGAUGUUGAUAUUAAUAACAUUAUCGAUCAUAAUCAUGUUGAAACCUAUAUGUCAUCCGAAAAAUGUAACUGGGUACAUUCAGUAAUUCGGAAUAAGCAUUUUUGCCCGAAAACUAAUGUUAAAGAAUGGAUCAUAAAGUACAGUGUACCUAUAUACUCGUACUAUCCAUAAUAUCUAAAUAUAGGUAGGUAACUACCGUAGUAUCCCAGAAACGUUUUACAAUUUACUUGAUUUUCUUCAACAAGGUUCACCGGAUUUUUGACGACAAGAUUGUGUUGAUAUAUAGGUUAAUGAACGAAAUUAAGAGUAUUUUCCAUUUACUGUCAAUAUUAGUGUAUAAUAUGUAUAAACCGGUAUUUUCCAAACUGAGAGCUGCGACCUUUUGAAAUUGUGAUGGAUCACCGUUUACGAUGAUCCGUACGGAUACCUGUGAAGUAGUAACUCUUUUGAUUAUGAUUCGUUUUUUGUAUAACCCAUCAUUCUGUGCCACAAUUAAAAAAAGUUUGAAAACCACUGGUAUACAUUCUAUAAGCGCGUUUUAUUAAAUUAAAAAUUAUUAUUGUUAUUCAUCUGUUCAUCACAAGUGUUUAUCUUCGUCCAACUAGUUAACGAACACCAGUAAACCCUCUUGCCAACUCGUAAUGAACGGUUAAAAAAUGUACUAAAUUGUUUACUAAAAAGUGGUAACUAUAGGUUACAGCAGCCCUUUGGCAAAAGUGUUAUCAGUAAAUAGUUUACUCACGGUUACAUCGCCAAAACACACCUAAACAAUAGAGUUUGCUAAUCGGUCACAGUUGAUCUUCGCAUCAUCAUAAUUCAUUAAUAAUGAAAAUACGUGGUGAUUUUUUUUUUUUUUUUACCGCGUAUUUUUCGUACACAAAGGUACCCAUAAUAUUCGUCGUUAGUGUUUUUCGCGUUUCCGAUGUGACGAACCGAUAAUAUACCUAAUAUACCUGGCUAAUACCAAUUAGGUAUAUAAUCGUCGACCGGACUAUCGGUUUGAUCGGCUUCGAUACACGUACGACAGCAAUCGUAUAUAUGUACGCAAAUUUCCGUACCAUAUACACGCGUUCCGACCGAUGGGCGUAUUUAUUUGACCGGAAUUAGAUUACAAGCCGGUACCUAAAUUACAACGGGAAAAACAAUGUCACGAAUUGGGGCGGUUUUUUUUUUUUUUUAUAUUCGCGGUUAAACGUAAAUAUCGCAUGAAUACCUAUAGAUUAUAUCAGCUAUCGGCGGCGGACGGAGUACAACGUCAUUAAGUGGGUACCAGCUAUGUAUAAUAUUAACGGACAAACGAUGAUAUAAUAAUAAUAAUAAUCGGUCGGGAUCGUUACUCGAAAAAUUACGCAGUUUUUGGCGGUACGGUUCGUUUUUUCAGUGGACAUAAUCUUUCACAUCGGUCAUAAACUCGCGUAACCCAUCAAACCGUCAGUGUAUAAAAACUCCAAGGUCAGAGAGGCCAAUGUACACGAUUCAAAUGUGACCCAUCGUUACAUUAUUCAUAGUUAUACGCCUAAUAUUUGGUUAUUGGUUAUUACUUUUUCCGUGCAAUGUACGAGUUAUAACACUCGAAUAAUUAUUAUUGUUGAAUUUGUUUCGAUAUUGCUCGUGUAUUCUGUACUAUGGUUUACGGUCGUGAAAUGUUAAAAAAUCGAUCGGUGAAUGCUAAAUAGCCGCGAAAAUCGAGCCAACUAUCGGUGUGCCGGUGUGGGUUUUUAUAAUCUUUAUACUUAGUUCUAUCCUAUAUUAUUAUACCGAUAUUAAUCGCAGAUUUAAACGCAGUGGUGCGCGCAGGGCCAUAUUCCUCUCUAAUAGCUUAAAAAUGCAACAACUAUACGUGUCUGUUAAGUAAUUUUAUCUUGAAAUUACCUACGUAUGAACAUUUUAUAGUCAAUUUAAGGUUCUCACACACUGGUGGUGGUGGUGUCAAAGCCGAUGGAGAUGGUGGUUACGGUACUGUGGUACAUUAUAUUAUGUAUUUAAUACUAAGUGCAUGCAUCAUAUCGCCAUGGCGAAACCUGUGGUAGAUCAUGCGAUAAAAUAAAUGUGACGGUAAAUUGUCACAUGACAAAUUUCACUGCUGCGUUGUAGCAAAUUUAAAAAUAUCAAAAUAUAAAUUUCGAUUUUUAGAAAAAUAAAAACUACUGCCACGGCCACAGAGGCGGUGUUCGUGAGACAUUGCUAACCGAAAAUAAUUCAUGAACCGUGAUUGUUAUUUACUACAUCCCUUCAGGUUGAAAAUGUCUGGGCACGCCACACAAUACAGAUCUAGACGUGUCAGAUAUUAUACUAAUGAUUUUAUGCUGUGUUUGUGUGUGGUGUGUAUUAUGUUAAUAUUAUAAUAUUACAGUUGACGCGCUGCUGCGAUGACUUCGGAAAACGUCAAAGUGAUAGCGAGAUGUCGGCCGAUGAACACCAGGGAACGGGCGCUGAACAGCAAGGUGAGUGCCGAAGAUGCCAUUUUUUCAGAUGUCGUUUACGUGUCGACCGCGCAUUUACCGCGGGUUUUUUUAUUUGUAUUAUCUGUGACCUAUAAACCUAGUGAGCACAACCUUUUUAUUAGUAUACAACAAACAGACCGGCGCGGCGCACGCGAUACGCGCAUCUAUAACUUCACCACCAAAUAGACUCCUUCACUGAAGUAGGUAUAUAAUAUAAUAAGCAGUGGUGUAGUCGUAUUACGUGUAGGAAUUGUAUUAUUGGCGAACUUUGGGUGUGGGCGAACGGCGACGGCCGUUUAUGUCGUAAUAUUAUCCAGUAAUACGGUCUUCGUAGCGUAAAAGAAAAAUAAAUCUGAUACUGCUGAUGGGCGUACCAUUGUUAUCAGUGCUUUGGUGUGAAGUUGGGAAGUUAGGAUACAUAACGUCAUUGAAUUGUUACCCGUGUAUAAGUAUACAAAACAUGUUUCGAAAUGCCGUUGUUUGUAUGAUAUUCGUAACUUUUAACCCGUAUAAAAAUACAAUUAAAAUUAUUUUUACUACAGUGUAGUCUUGAGGGGAUAGGAGAUGUGGGGGCAAAGCCCCACAAGUCUAUAAGGUCUUAAUGAUUUGUGGAUUCCCAAAAAUAUUGUUCUGGUUGCGCCUCUGAUUCCUUCUAUAAUAAUAUGUUGUGCGCAAUCAAAUAAUUACUCCUACAAUAAUUUGUGCGUAAACGAGUUUCAGGUUAUAACUAAGAAAUUUUAAAAUGUGCGCAAACUAGUUGUAGCUGGAAUUUGCUCGAAAGCCGAAUUUUAAAAUGUAACAGUACUUACUUAUUAUAUGGAACAAUAUUGCAGAGCGUGGUGUUCAUAGACUCGGAAAAAUGUUCUUGUUCUAUUGUCAAUCCCACGGACAGUUCGGCUCCACCGAAAACGUUUACGUUCGACGGCGUUUACGGACCAGAUUCCAAUACGGAACAGAUUUACAAUGACAUUGCAUAUCCUUUUGUGGAAGUAAGUAUUAUAUACUUACUAGCUUCAGCUGAGUGAACGGUUCGUGACGACUAAGUAGGAUUUUGGUAUUAUAAUCCCGAAAUAAGUAAUAAUCUAAACUCGACGACUUUCGGACGUAUACAUGUGAAAUAGGACUGUAUUAUUGUUAUACAAACAUAGCCAUUUAGCGCCCAAGGGUUUUUAAGCUCCUCUCUUGAGGCCAUACUUAGGGAUGAUUUGGGGGUGUUAAUCCCCCCGAACUUUUUUUUUUUUUAAUUUUAUAAGACGUAUCUUUGGACAAAAUUGUUUUAAUGUCAUGUCCAAUAGACAUCAUGAUACAUAAAUAAAAUAUAAUAUUGUUAAUUUUAUUUCGAGUUUUAUAUUAAGCUGAGUGCCCUAUAGUUUUAUAGUUUGGUGCCUCGGAGUAAAUGUCCCCAUUUCCUCCCUAUACACAACACAUUUCAUUUGGUCCACAGGGCAUUUUGGAAGGUUACAACUGUACGGUGUUUGCGUACGGGCAAACGGGAUGUGGCAAGAGUUUCUCGAUGCAGGGCGUUGACACGCCGCCUAAUCAACGUGGGAUAAUACCCCGAGCUUUCGAACACGUUUUUGAAGCCAUAUCCGUUACGGAUGACGUUAAGUUUCUAGUGUUAGCUUCAUAUAUAGAAAUCUACAACGAAGAAGUGAGGGAUUUGUUGAGCUCAGACAAUAAACGGAGACUGGAGCUGAAGGAGAGCCCUGAACGAGGUGUAUACGUACAUGGUAAUACUAUAUACGCGUGCUAAAUGGAAUUUACGUUGUGAGGAAUGUUUGUUCUGAAUAUAAGUGAUUCAUUUUCAAGUGUGUUUAUUGCAGAGUUGUCUCAUCACGCAGUACACGACGUAGUCGAGUGCCAGAAGUUAAUGGAACAGGGAUGGAGGAACAGGGCUACGGGCGCGACCCUGAUGAAUGCCGAUUCGUCUAGAAGCCAUUCGAUUUUCACCAUAUCCGUGGAAAUGAUGGGUACGUCGCAAGACGUGGAAGACAUCAAGUCAAUUAAACGGGGCAAGCUGAGUUUGGUCGACUUGGCCGGUAGUGAGAGACAAGCGAAAACCGGUGCCUCGGGUGACCGUCUCAGGGAAGCCACAAAAAUCAAUCUUUCCCUGUCAGCCUUGGGAAACGUGAUAUCGGCUUUGGUGGACGGAAAAGCCAAACAUAUACCGUAUAGGGAUUCGAAACUCACUAGACUACUCCAAGUGAGUUUUGAACUAAAAAAAUACACAAUAGUUUACAAUAUAGGUAACCCAUAAUAAUACAUUUGUGGAUUUAUAGGACUCGCUUGGCGGUAACACGAAAACACUGAUGGUUGCUUGUUUGUCACCUGCCGACAAUAAUUACGACGAGACUCUAUCCACAUUGAGGUACGCCAAUCGGGCAAAAAAUAUAUAUAACGAACCGCACGUGAACGAAGACCCCAAAGACACGAUGUUACGUCAGUAUCAGGAACAAAUAAAAAAACUCAAAGAACUGUUGGAAGCAUCUACUGCCCAAUUGCCCGCGAGCAACGGUUCGAAUGACAUUUCAGAAAAGGAAAAAUUACGACUAGAGUAUCAAGACGAAAUGGUCAAAUUGAGGGAGAAAUAUCAAGAGGAGUACAAUUCCAAGUGUCAGAUGCAGGCGGACUUAAAAGUGUUAAAAGAGAAAUACGAUAAAAACUUAGCGAAGAUCUCUAAUCAAGUACGUAUAUGGUAUAGUUAUGGUACACCUAUUUACCUAUAUUAUUUUAUUCAAGUUUAUAUUUGUAAUUGUUACAAAUAUUAUUAAUAAGUUUAUUAUUUCUUUUUUAAUAACGAAAUAAAAACAAAUAAAUGCGGUUUUAUUUUGUACAUUUACAAAAAAAUUUACAAUUUGAUUUAAAAUAAAUAAAAACUUUAUAACCAAACAUUUUUAAUACCUUUGAACAAUACACAACAUUUAUAAACUCGUACAAUUAAAUAUUGAAAAUAUGUUUAACAUUUAAUAAUAUUAUCUUUAACUAAAUAGUAUAGUUGUAAAAAAAUUAAAAUUUACUGAAAUAUUAAAAACUAAUACUUAAACUGAUUCCAUCUUACCAGAUCAAUUUUAUAUUCGGAGACUAGCGAGGGAUGUAUUAGUUUUAUUAUGGUAUUGUGUGUUUGGCUAUAAAAAUGGUUAUUUUGAAAAUUUUUUCAAAGUAGAAAAAUAAAAAGUUAAUUUUUUCAGUGAUUAAAGGAUUAAAAUAAAAAUUUAAUUUUUCUCUACAUAUGUGUUACCCUCACACAAACUCGAUUAAAAAAAAAAUUAAUAUUUACAGAGUUAUUUGCAUAAGAAAAACACUGUAGGACACUCUGUAUAUGAAAAGGAACAAAAUCGAUCCCGCAUCAUUUUUCGAUUGAAGCAAUAUUUUUGGUAGAAGACAUCGUAAACAAAAAUUAAAAACAAUUAAAAUAUUAACGCUGCGGCGUCGUGCCGUGAAUAUUAGACGUUUUACCUAUAAUUUUCUUUCGGGUUUUUCCCAAUUUUUUCGAAAAAGGUAUGUAAAAUCAAAAAGAUAGACAUACUUCGCACAUGGGUGCAGUCCCUGUUGAAAGUAAGAAGUUGAGAAGCUCGAGAAGAAAUUGAAUUAAUAUCUGUACACAACGAUUAACCAUUGCCAACAAAAAACGGGAAUGACUUUUUUAGAUUAAAGAAAUAUUUUGAUUAGAAAAUAUAGUGCGUAUAAAUUAAAAACAUUGAAAUUGAAAAUGCCACUGCGUGCCGUAAAUAUUUGUCAUUUUUUGUAUAAUUUUGCUUUCGGGUUUUCCCAACCACCUUGAAAAUCCCAUGAAAAAUGAAAAAAUCACCUUUCUAAUGCACUAAGUACAAUAAACUGGUCUCGUGUCAUUUUUAAAAAGGAACAAGUAUCCAGUUUGAAAAUUUGUUUACAGACAGGAAAACAAACACGCAUAGGUUAAAUCAAUGUGAAAUAUUUCGUAAAAUUUCAAAACAAUAACUAAAAAAAAUAUAUAUAUAUAUAUAUAUUGCUCUCGUGGUACCAACUCGUAUUAUACGCCUGUGUAUUAAAAUUGCUGGUAGAAAAGUUGUUAACAGGAAAAAAAAAAAGGCUAUAAUAUUUUAAGUUCCAAGUGGAGCAUAUGUCUCUGACAAAGAGGUUUUUUUUUUAUCUGUAGACAACUUUUCUACUAACAAUUUUGCUCUGAUUUACAAUGAUAACACUUUUCUAAAGGAAAAUCUGACUGUGAAGCCGGGGAGGUACUCUAGGGAGGUAAUUUUUCAAUUUUCCCAGGAGUUUUCUCGUCAUAUGUGAAAAACCGUGAAAAAAUAAACAUAUUUGCAUAAGCAUAGGCUCCUUCAAUUCACUCAGAAUUUAAAACAAUGAUGAUGAUAAUAAUAAUAAAAAUGAGUACUUUAAAAUCAUAAUCAGCAUUUUCAUAAGAAGCAUUAUAGGUAAUAAUAAAUAUAAUGAUCACAUAAAUAAUAACAAUCACUAAUAAUAAUAAUGAGCAUUUUAAUAAAAUAAUCGAAUCAGCAUACUUUUAACAACCAUCAAUAAUAAUAAUCCUUAACAAAUAUCAUAAUCAGUAUUUUAAUAAAAUAAUCACCAAUAAUCAUAACCAUAAGUUUAAUAAGGGUAUUAGUUUAUUGUUAUGAUUAUGACUGAUGGUUGUUAUAAGUAUGAUGAUUAUUAUUAUUCAAAGCAUUGAUGAUUGAUAUUGAUUACAUUAUUAUUAUUAAAAUAUUCAUUAUAUUUAUUAUGCUUCUUAUUAAAAUUCUGAUUAUGGUUAUGAUUUUUAAAGUGCUCAUUAUUAUUAUUGUUAUCAUUAUCAUUGUUUUAGAUUUUGAGUAGUACGAAGAAGCUUAUGGUUUUACAAAAAUGUUUAAUUUUUGUUCACGGUUUUUCACAUUUUACUCACAAAAUUCCUGGGAAUAUCAAAAAAUGACCGCCCUAAAAUACCUCCUCAGUCUGGUUUCCUUUUAGAUAGUGUUAUACAUACCUGAGUGAAAUUGUUCGUAGAAAAGUUGUCCACAGGAAAAGAAAAAGAAAAAAAGACGUCCUAGGAUAAUGGAGACGGGUGCACCCACUGUUAUAGGCAAUUUAAUGUAUACUUGUAAGCAACGAUAAACCAUUGCUAACAAAAAAACGAUUUUGAGUGCAGUUCAGUUGAUAGUGAUGCUUUAAUAUUGAUAUCAACAAUAUAUAUGUAUAUGUCAUAUUAUGGUAAAAUAAUUAAGUAGGCAUUAUAUAAUUUCUUGAAUAUUUGUAUAUUGUAUCGUUUUUUCCAUGUUUUUUCCCGGUUGUUCACAUUUACUGGGAAAAUUUUUGGGAAAAUCGAAAAAUUACCACUUUUAAAGUACUUCCCAAGUCAGAUUUCCUUUUAGAAAAAGUGUUGUCGUUGUAAAUCGGAGCAAAAUUUCUGGUAGAAAAGUUGUUCGCAGUAAAAAAGGUCGUAAUAUUUUUAACCAAUACCUACAAUUCGUACAUUUUACCGCCUUUCCUCUGUUUUUUUUUUUCGGUUUUUCACAUUUAUUGAAAAAACUCCCGAAAAAAUCGAAAAAUGACCUCUCUAAAGUGGAGGUUUUUUACAGAAUUCAUUUUUUGUGUCAUUAAUUUGUGAAUAUAGUAUGUUUUGUGCGUACAUUAAACUUAUUGUAGGACUAUACAUGACUACAAUUUAUAUUGUGUUUAUAUCAAACAUAUUUCAGAACGAUAAUAGAGCUUCUUCUCCUCAGCAUAUUGUUGAAAAAGCCCUGAAAAGUAAUCGAGUGGAACUAAAUUCGUCACAACAAGAAAUUCUAAAAAGGUAUUUUUAGAUUCAGAUUGUUCGGUUCCAAAGUUUCAAAUGCGUAGUGUUUGACUAUAUAUAGGUUGAAGAAACUGCAAGAAAGUAUGGUUGGCGGAGAACGAGUCAACGACAAAGAACUUCAGGAACGCCGUAUGCGUAAGAAAAAAGCGGCCGAGAGACGGCUGAACGCGUUGGCUAGAGCACUGGUCAAUGUCGAGACUGAAGAGGGGCCAAACUUAGUGUUGGGUGUUUACGAUGAUAUACAGGAAGAACUGAGGGCCAAAAAUGAAGCGUUAAAAAAAUACAAACAAAAAGUAAUAUGUCUACACUAACAUUUUAAAAUCAAGUAUUUUUGUUGAUUUUUUUCAUUUUCAGUUAAAAGCGUCGGACAGAGAAAUAGCGGAUAUCCAAAGCGAAUUUGAAAAUGAACGGACAGAUUAUCUGGAAACUAUUAGAAAACAAGAGCGACAGAUCAAAUUGCAAAGUCAAAUUUUAGACAAAAUCGUGCCAACACUAUCGAAAGAAUGUAAUUACAGGUAAUACCUAGACGCUGGAAUUAGACUGUGCCCACAAACACACACUAUUUACGUUUUUUUUUUAUUCGUUUAGUAAUUUAGAGAGGUUAAAAGAAGACGCGGAAUGGGAAGAGGACACGCAGAGUUGGAAAUUACCCGAUCUUACAAGAAUAAAACUACCUCCAGCGUCGGGUACCUAAGCUUUUAUGAACAGAGUUGUUUUUGUUUUUAUUUUUUUAACAGUGUGUCUAAAGCGAAUUUUGAUGGGUAGGUGUAUCUUCGGCAAGACAGUAUGUUAACUCGGUGACCGCUCCGGCUAGAUUAGAAAACUCUGACAAUUCGUUGGCCAUUUAUACGUUCCACCCACUACAGGUUAUAUUGAUAAACAAGCGUGUACCCCAUAACACAGUAAUGGUUUUUCGUGUGGUUAAUCUGUGUUUCAUUGUUAUUAUUUGUUGUGGUUUUUUUUUUUGCUUGGCUUGGCUUGAUUUUGUAAGCGCCAACGGACCGUUUACGCAAACGAGACUUUUGGUGUACAACUUCAAAAUUAAAUGUAUAUAUAAAAGUAGAAUGGUGCCUGAUUGGAGGAAUUGAAGAGGAUGUAAUAGAUUUAGGUAUGAUCAGAUGAAGUGUUGUGUGAUAAAAAUAUGCAAUAAAAAGGUAAAAAGGGAAUUUUCGGAAAACUGUUGUGAGGCCAGUGAUAAUAUGUCAUAAUUAAUAUUGAAUAAAAGAAAAUAAUAUUGGUAUGAAAUACAAAUGGAAUUAGGUACUUAUAGCAGAAAUCAGAAUGUGUUAAGGUUAGGCUAUAUUAUUAUAUUAUGCAUACAUAAUAAGCGGUAAUCCAAGAGUAGUGCGGGUAUAGCAGGGGAAAUAUGAGAAAGAAUAGUUUGAGAUGAUUUGGGUGUUUUGGUCGCUUCCGCUUUAUGGCUUUAGCACGACUUUCUUGUAGGCACAUUAACGCAGCCUGCCAACGGUUCUGCGGCGUUUAGUACGUUUGAUAAUGGCCGAAGAAAAAUGUCUUUGGGCAUAUUCAACACGUUGGCCGGCCUAUCGUUCGACAAAUCUUCCAGUUCAGACAGCAGUAGGCGGUCGUCGUCGCCAGAUGUUCCUGCGGUCUUCGAUCAGGUGACACAUGUAGUGCACGAGUAUUAUAGUUUUCAAAAUUAUUAUAACUCACAUUUAGUAUUUUUUGUAUACAUGUGUGCAGUUAUUAUGCUUGAUAAGUAUUUUAUAAUUUACUGCCACAUCGUCUGAUCUAUACGUAAUCCGUAUAUAACAUUGUACGUCAAAUCGCUUUAAUGUUUCCUAUACAAAUAUCAUGUUAUACACAACUGUUUCUCAAACUUUUUACCACCGCAAUCCUCUAAAUUAAUAUUUAAUUUUUUAGUGACCCUUAAAUAUAUAUUUUGUACGCAACCAACCAAUAUUUUAUUUUUUUGGCGACCAUAAAUAAUUAGUUAGCGAACCCCAGGUUGAGACACAUUGUUAUAUACUAUAAUUGGGCAUAUUAGACGAUUAAAUAUAUAAUAUAAAAAAAGCUGAUACUGGGGACGGGUGUAGUCACUGUUGUAGGUGGAAAGUUAAAAAGGUAGGAUACAUACGGUUAUUUCAUUUAUAUCUGUAAGCAACGAUAAACCAUUGCUUGACGAAAGACGAUUCCGAGCGCAGUUCGGUAAUACAUAAUUUGAAGUGCCGUAAUUUGUUUUGCGAUUUUCGUUUAAAUUUGAUUUCAAAACGCUUGUUAAAAAAAAAAAGUCAUCCGAUGAUUUUGGAAAUUUUACCAUGUCUAGGUAUGUCCAAUAUAAGUAUUAUUACCAAGUUUUAAAUCUCUGCGUAUAUUUAUAACCGAAUUACAGAGAAAAACUCCCAAAAAUUAAAAUUCCCUAAAAGCUCAAAAGUGUCUCAAAAGUUUUGGUAAUUAUACCAUUAGAAAGUAUAUCAAAAAAUCAAGAAUUAGAUGAAAAUAAAAAUUUAAAACAUUUUCAGAAGAAUAAUAAUCCCUAUAAAAUGGCUAUCUUCGAAUUUUUCAAAAACAAUAGAAUUUUAAGUUUUUACUUAAACAUGAAAAAUUAAUUGAAGUAUAAUUAUUUGUAGUCUUUAUCCUUUUGAAUAAUAUAAAAACAGAAUUUUGAUUAUCUUUAUUAUUUCCCAAGAUAUUACAAUGGGUAUCUUCACGGGACACGCUGUUUUGUCAAAGUUAGAGAUAUGAACAUGAGUUUUGUAUAAUAAUGUUAUUAGUAAGACAGUAAAUAUAGUAAAUAUUUUAGUUGUAUAGUGGGAUAUUAAUAUAUUUUAUUUUGUAAUUAUAUUUUUUUAGAAAUAUCAAAAACUUUUAGAAGACGAUUUUGCUGGUAAUUAUUUUAAACCAAAACGAGCUACUGAAUUAUUAAUACAAUCCCACGGAGAGUCUGGUAGACCGUUUCAUAAAUGGAAAGGUACAAUAAAUACUGCGUUAUAACUAAUAACUAUUAAUAAGUACAAGAUACAAAUAGUUAUUUAAAAGAUACGGACAUAAUUUGCACAAUGGGUGGGCCACUGUAGUAGAUGAGAAGUUAGGAAGGUAGAAGGGAAAUUUAAUGUUUAUCUGUACGCAAUGAUUUACCAUUGCAAACGAAAAACCAUUCUGAACGGAGCUCGGUUAAUAGUGUUGCUUUGUUAACAGUAUAUAUAUAUAUAUAUAUAUAUCAUAUUAUGGUAAAAUAUUUUCCUGUUUUUCAUACGUUUUUUUUCCAUUUAUUGGAAAAACUCCUGGAAAAAUCAAAAUAUGACCUUUUUAAAGUAUCAUUCCAAUUAAAUUUCCUUUCAGAAAAAGUGCUAUAAUUUAAAAUUGAAGCCAAUUUGCUGAUGGAAAAAUUGUUCACAGAUUAAAAAACAAAUAAUAAUAAUAAAAUAAUCAUAAAUCAAAUGAAAUUGUAAAACCAAUACAUUCCUCGCUCCGCUCAGAAAAUCUAAAAUUUUAAAAUAUAGUAGUUAUGGACAUUUUUUUUUUUUACAGGCCACAGGCGUUUAUCACCAGAAAAUACAAUUAAAAAGCCAACGAGACUAGAAUCACUUCCGGUUAUAGGUGAUCGCAAAUUACAAAAGAACACAUUGGACAGAAUAUAAUUUUAAAAAGAAAAAAAAAACCAUUUAAAAAAAUUAUAUAAUGCAAACGUAAUAAAUAUUACAAACAAUUUUAAUUUUUAAUAGUUUCCAUUUGAAAUAUUGAUGACCAAAUAUCCUCGGAUAAUAGUUUAGGUUGUUCGAACGCAGCGAAAUGUCCACCUUCCUUCAUUUCUGUAGAACUGAUCAAAUUUAUGUAUUUACGUUGUAAUAGUUUUUUCAGCUGCAACGCCAUAGGCAUCUCAUUUGGGAACAAAGCGCAAGCAGCGGGUACUUGUACUCGAGCACUAAAAAUAAAAAAAUAAUAAUAAUAAUAAACAAACAAGCGAAUUCGUGACCAAUUGUAUUUAAACUGUGUAGGUACUUGAUAUGGGGUAGUGACUGAUAUUUUUUACUGGCAAACUCCGAAUACAGGCGCAUCGAUGUGGUCAUGGAAUUGGUAACCCAGUAAAUCAUAACGUUGUCCAAAAGUUCAUCCAAGUUGUACUUUGACAAGCCACCGUCUGGCAAAUGUUUCCACUCGGCAUUAGUCCAGGUGGUGAACUUUUCUAAGAUAUAAGCCGCUAACCCGACCGGCGAAUCGUUCAGAGCGACUCC